AUCGUGAUGAACGGCACACGGGUUUCAUACUUCACACUUGGAGCAUACUUUGACACAGGUGUUUAUAAAUCCCUGUAUUUCCUCAUUGUUCUCACUGUUUAUAUUGUGAUUCUUUGUGCCAAUGUCCUGCUGAUUGUGGUUAUCUGUGUGAACAGAAGCUUACAUGAACCUAUGUACAUGUUUCUGUGCAGCCUGUUUGUGAAUGAGCUGUAUGGUAGUACAGGGCUGUUUCCGUUCCUCCUGCUUCAGAUCCUCUCUGAUGUUCACACUGUUUCUGCUCCGCUGUGCUUCCUGCAGAUCUUCUGUGUGUACACAUAUGCCAGUGUUGAAUUUUUCAACCUGGCUGUCAUGUCCUUUGACAGAUACCUCGCCAUCUGUUGUCCUCUACAAUAUCGCACACGUAUGACAGAUAACAAAGUCGCCAUGCUCACUGCUCUAGCGUGGUUCUAUUCUUUUCUUGUAAAUGCUUCCAUACUGUCCUCUCUGACUGUCUCUCUGCAGCUUUGCAGGGGCAUCAUUAACAAACUGUACUGUGACAACUAUUACAUUAUCAAACUGGCCUGCUCUGACACUACAAUCAGUAGUGACUUUGGACGUGUUCACAUGUUCACAGUAAUCUUUGGUCUCAUCCUUUUAAUCCUUUACUCCUACAUGAGGAUCCUUAAAGUCUGCUUUUCUGGAUCCAAACAGACGCGACAGAAAGCCGUCAGCACCUGCACGCCUCAUCUUGCUUCUCUGCUCAACUUUUCAUGCGGUGCUUUUUUUGGGAUAGUUCAGAGCAGCUUGAACAUGAAUACUUUACCAACCACGUUUCGUAUUUUUUUGUCACUAUACUAUCUUACAUGCCAACCACUCGUUAACCCUUUACUGUAUGGACUCAAAAUGUCUCAAAUACGCAUGUUAUAUAAAAGUUUGCUCUUCUGGAAAAAAUGA